UAUUGUGACAAAAAAAAAACAGAAUCGUGCGUGCGGUAAAAACAUAAUUUGAUACAUUUAAUAGAUUUUAAAUUAAAAAACACACGAAAAUGGCCACAAAACAAUUAAUUAACAAACAAAACACUAAAUUGGUGUCCCUGCUGGUAGCCAACAAGCCCUGGAAGAGCUGUUGGUCCUCUACCGCCAGAUGUUAUAGCAAUGAAAAAUCCGCCGAAAAGGAAACCGCACAAACAGAACAAGCAUCUGCUGCCAAUGGUGAAGAUGCCAAAAAAUUGGCUGAAAAUAUUGAAACCUUAAACAAAGAAGUCCAAGAACUAAAAGAAAAGAAUGAGGAAUUAAUGGACAAAUAUCGUAGAUCCUUGGCCGAUAGUGAAAAUUUAAGAGUACGUUUGAAUAAACAAAUAGCCGAUGCCAAAAUCUUUGGUAUACAAUCAUUCUGUAAAGAUUUACUAGAAGUAGCUGACAUUUUGGGUCAUGCUACUAAAGCCGUGCCUCAAGAUCAAUUGACGGAUAGUAAUCCUCAUUUAAAGAAUUUAUAUGAAGGUUUAACUAUGACCAAUGCUUCUUUGUUGCAAGUGUUCAAGCGUCAUGGUUUGGAACCCAUGAAUCCCUUGAAUGAAAAAUUCAAUCCUAAUAUGCAUGAAGCAUUAUUCCAAAAGCCUGAUUCAUCGGUAGAACCUGAUACCGUUAUUGAGGUAACAAAAUUGGGCUAUAAGCUACACGAACGUGUUAUACGACCUGCUUUAGUUGGUGUUUCUAAAUCUUAAUAGUUUUUCUUUGUUUUAUAAAAACUUUUUGCUUAAUGUUUCCACAAAUUAUCUAAUAAUUUAAAGAAAGCGUAUUAAGCUGUUUUAAAAAGAUUUUCGUUUUAUUUCUAUAACUUUUUUCAAAGUUUAUGUAAAACUUUUUUUAGCAGCUUAAGUUUUUCUUUUCUUUAUAAGUUUGGUUUUGUUACAAUACAACUUUUUUAUUACCUUUUGUAUUGUUCCAAAAAAAAACCUUCAAUUACUAGUGAUUUGUUUAGUUUUAUAAGUUUUAUGUGUAAAUAUAUUACAAAAUAAACAAAAUUGUCUAAAGAAAUUAAGUUUUAUAUAAAAAAAAAAAAUUUUAUGUAGACUUGUGAAAAUUUUUAUCCUAUUAACUACAAGUCGGUUAAUUUAUUCUAUAUAGACUUUAUUUUGAACAAGGACUCAAUUUUGUAAUUAAAUUUAAGAAUUUAAUUUGUUAUAAAUAAAAUACAUUGGAAAAAAUU